AACCAUAAUUAAAACCCAUAAUCUCCAGAUCUGAUAUUCCAUUCUUUAGAGAAAACAACCACAUCAAUGGCUUCAAACCAACAAGUGAAGCUUUUCGGAACCGUAGGAAGUCCAUUCGUGACGAGAGCAGAGAUUGCUCUGAAACUCAAGGGAGUGGAGUACGAAUACGUUCUCGAAUCACUGACCAACAAAAGUGAUCUUCUUCUCAAGUACAAUCCGAUUCACAAGAAGGUCCCUGUUCUUCUUCACGACGAGAAGCCCGUCUGCGAGUCGCUCGUGAUCGUUGAAUACAUCGAUGAGGCUUGGUCUGGCUACCCAAUCUUGCCCUCUGAUCCUUAUCACAGAGCCCUGGCUCGUUUCUGGUCCAGGUUUAUCGACGACAAGGUUUUACCUGCAGUAUUUAAAGCAGCCUGGAACCCGAACGAGAAGGAGAGGGAAAAUGGUGCUGCAGAAUCAAGAGAGGCUCUGAAGAUUCUGGAGAACGAGCUGAAAGGAAGGUUCUUCAACGGAGAUUCGAUCGGAUUCGUGGACAUCGCUGCUCUGUUCGUCGCUUUCUGGUUGCCAAUAAUUCAAGAAGCCGGCGGGCUUGAUCUGUACAGCGGUGAGAAAUAUCCAAAGCUGGACAAGUGGGGUCAAGAGAUUCUGAAUGACCCUGUCGUGAAAGGAGUUUUGCCUCACAGGGAAAAUCUCCUCACCUUCUUCAAAGCUCGCGUGCAGAGCAUCUUUGGUUUGAAGUAGAUGAUCAAAAAAAUUACCAGUAAUCCAUGUUUGAGUUGGUAAAUUAUCAAGUGUUGUGAUUAGGAAUCGAAAUAAGAUGUGUAACUAGGGUUUUCUCUUGCAAAAGAACCUGACGUGACUAUCACUUUGUUUAGGGUCAUCAUAUCACAAAUCGAGUUCUAUUGAAUGUUGUCCUUUCUUGAUUUUCUUUUUUGUGAGCUUUAUGAAUUGAAAGCACGAGGGGUCUCCUGGAGGGAUCUCUCCUUUUCUUUUU